UGAGGGAGACGUGCCAGAGUGAGGGCGCUUGUGUUUAGGCUGCUUGUGUAAGUGGGAGAGUGAGUGUGUUCUGGCUGUUCAUAACUCUUGUCUGUAUGGCAAAAUUCCUUUAACUUGCGUUGAUUCAAAUAUUUUAUGUGUAUGUGGAUUGUACUGUAGCAGUUGGAGUGGAGGGCAAAUCACGUUUUCCCUCUUUCUUUUACAUGUGUGCAUGUGUACACUUUCAGUUUCCACUUCGUUUUUCUGACAGCUUGAAUGGUUUGGACCCGUUUUGAUUUCAUCUGCAGCCUUACUCAGCGAGAUGUUGGUGCCUAGUCUUGUGGAAACCUAUACUUUUCGGACAGAUCGGAUCAUCUGUUUGGCGAGGUGAUAAACUAGAAAAAAUGCUGCCCUUCACGACGUGCUUCCUCGGUGGAAGCAGAGAAAGGAAUUUCGUAUUGCUCACCAAUAUGCCCGUUUCGGUCUCCACGGAUAACCAGAGCAAAGCUUCGUUCACCUUUACCGAGAGACCUGCAUGGAAUAAGGCACAGCUGAAAGGUCGUCAAGUCACUAGCCCAUCUACGAACAAGCCCCUCCACAUGCCAGAUCUAGCCGAGGAAUCUAAAUCUCAGUCGCUAGAGAGACAGGUGCGCCCAUGCUGGUCUCACAGCGGUCGGUUUCUCACGCUGCACAAACGACGGAAAAAAAGGCCACCCACUCGGGCUAUGACGUCGGACCAGGCCCUCCUUGAUGACCUCUAUCACGGCCCCACGCAUGUACUUUUGGCGAGAAUCAGCGAAUGGCCUUUCAACGCUUUCGCCCUGGACAGAGCUACUGGGGGACGACCUCUACCAACCCUCUGCUUCCAUCUGUUUCACCAUUACGGACUAAUGGCGCACUUUCAUCUCGAUCCUGUCAAAGUCUGGAAAUUUUUUAGUCUAGUAGAAGAAGGCUAUCACAGCAACAACCCUUAUCACAACGCCAUCCACGCUGCUGAUGUCACACAAGCCAUGCACUGUUUCCUUCAAGAAGAAAAGAUGCGUCGCCAUUUAACUCCACUGGAAAUUGCCGCCUCACUAAUUGCUGCCAUGGCUCAUGAUCUGGACCAUCCUGGUGUUAAUCAACCAUUUUUAGUGGCCACUUCCAAUCAUUUAGCGUCUCUCUAUAAAAACGCUUCCGUGCUAGAAAAUCAUCACUGGCGGUCGGCUAUGGCUUGCUUAAUGGAAAGUGGGAUGAUGGACGGUCUGGAACGCACUUCGGCUCACGAGUUACAGCGUCAAAUCCAGUCGCUAAUUUUGGCCACUGAUAUCGCUCGGCAACAAGAAUUUCUCAGCGCAUUUCAAGGAUUUUUGAACAAUGACUCGCUGGAUAUGCGAACGGGAGAUCACCGUCACUUUAUGCUGCAAAUUGCACUCAAGUGCGCCGACAUCUGUAACCCCUGUCGUCCCUGGGAAGUAAGUCGUGCUUGGAGUCUGCAAGUCAGUGAAGAAUUCUAUCGCCAAGGAGACCUGGAACGACGUUUGGGCUUGUCUGUCACACCAUUGUGCGAUCGCUACACUUCGUCCGUUUCAAAGAUCCAGACUGGGUUUUUCCGAUUCAUCGCCGCUCCUCUUUUCGAAGAGUGGCACCGCUUCCAAGCCACUCCACUCUCUUGGAGCAUGUUGAACUACCUCCGCUCCAACAAGCUUAAAUGGGAUUCCAUCUUGAAUGGCGAAGAAACGGGUGACGCAAGUUUGGCCGAGCAUCAGCUGCGCGAUCCGGCCUGGUCGGAACUUGGCGUUUUGGAAAUGGGUAUCGAAAAAAUCCACUUGAGGAGGGCGUCGCUACCUGUCGGACGUUCUGGUCUGUGGACGUCGAACACUGCCAAUUCUUCUCGAGUGUCGGAUGUCGAACGCUCAAUGGAGGAGGACGGCUGCAACGUCGUCACGGAGUCUUCUGAUGUAGAAUCUCACCCGCUUCGAUCUCUGUUACCGGUUGAAAACCAUGAUGAUUCCAGCCUGCCUGAUUGCGUCGCUAGCGACAACGCGCAGACAGCAGAUAUUUCUCGACUUCCUGUUGGUCUUCCAGCACGCCUACCUCAUCGGCGGGAGAGUCUUCCCUUCAACUUUCCUGAUCGGUCUCGACCCGAAUGCUUUCUGAGGCAAGGACGGCGGGAGAGCUUACCAACCGAUUGUUCGAGAACUUUGAAUGCCUCCGACGUUCUUCCUGAAUUGAACAUCACCUCAAUGGCGCCUCUACCUUGGAAGAAGGAGAAGAGGGCUAGUCAGCCCAAUUGCGUUCAACCAGCUACCUCUGUUCCGUCCACUUCUUCAGAUCCAACUUUCGGAUGCGCAGAUGAGAAAGAGAAUAUCGUUUCGACUGCCUAUCUCAAAACGGAAACGUCCCGAUUAACACUAAGAAGAGGAUCCGCCCCAACUGCCCUGCAUCCGCUAAACUGGCUGGAUAGUCCGCGCAGCAAACGCAAUUCUUCGAUGACGCAUUUUGGACGUCAGGGUUCACUCAGAUUGACAAACUUGGACCAAAGCGAGCCAGGUCUUCGGCGUCGCGGAUCGUUGCCAUACGAGCUCGGUAGAAAACUCUCUGGUCACGAUUGCAUCGUUGGUCGGCUCAUUCCAGAGACUUCCGAUUGCGCGAAAAUUGACGUUGGAGUGAGACGCGGCUCGGCCCCCUCAGACUUGCUUCGUAACACGGGCGCUUCCAUCGCAAGUUGCUGGAUCCAGCUUCGCGAUCGAGUGAAAAUGAAGGGUAAAGAGAUUGCGUUGAGUACCGGGACUGGGUUGAUGAAUGACAGUGGAUGUGGACUUGCCGUCCGCGAAUGCCGAAGACGCUCACUCCGUCGGCGUCGCUCGGGAGGGCCGGAACUCUUCGCCUCGGUCGUCCGCCGUAGUAACAAUUUUCCUUCGGCUCAGCUGCCUCCGCUACCUCAAAGUGCUACCUGCACUCAUGCCAAAUUAAAGAGGACGUCUUCGUUAUCGCCACCGGAAAGUAUCAAUCCUAUAGUAGGAUCUGGAGAUUGUCAUCGCGAUUGGCUUCUACUGGGAAGGCGUGGUUCUGGUGCACUUGAACUCUUGGCUGGACUUUGGCGCCAGAAUCGCGAUCGAUCUGAACGCUCCAGUUUUGAAUCAGAUGAUUCUCUUUUAAUGUUUUGUUCUUAUACAGGACCCCACCGUCAGCGGUUGUCAAUGGAUUCUUCUUCGUCAUCAGACGGUAUCCCAUGCUCAGCCCUAGAAGAGUACUGCCAUUUGGUGGGCCAUGGGAGGACUCAGCGAAGAGGGUCAUGCCCAACCGACCAUUCCGUUUUAUCAGGAAGCUCCAGUGCGAAUUUGACGCAAUUGAACAGCAGAUAACACACGGCGUACAUGGAUCAAGUUUCCAUCGGCAGCUUCUCACUCUGUUUGAUGGAUAUUUUUAUACAUGAUUUAUUUUCUUUUUUUAUGAAGCUCAGUGUUGAUAUCUUUAAACAGAAACUCUCAUCCUUUUACUUUCUUUCAACGGCUGAAUGUUUUUGCUCAACAAAAAUGACAAACGAAAUUCCACCAAAAA